AUGCAACCCUUGAAGAAGAGACUACGAUCGUCGGAGAAUCCUCGUUCCUCCUCGCCAAAUGAUAGUACUGGAUCAAAUGAGACUGGGUACACAAGCUCUUCUCCUCCUCAGUUUCCGGAGAAAUCAUCAAACGAAGGUGACCAAACUGUUUUUUCUGAUGAAGAUCACGGCCAUCAGGAUUCUGGAGAGGAAGAAUUCUCCGAUACAUCCGACGAGUUUUCGGAAGAAGACGAUGGCAACGAUGAAGAAUACGUUCCCGAGGAGCCAGACAUAAAAGAAGAGCCUUUGGACUUUUGGGGAUAUGAACAAGCAAAUGAGCAAGAAGCUCAGCCUGGACCAGCUGAGCCGGAAGGAGAGGAAGAAGAGACAGAGCUUGAUGAUGGAGAACGAGGGAAGCUCAUUAGGCAAAGAUUGAAAGAAAUAAGAAUGCAGCAUCAAAAGGCUCAAGAAGAGAGGAAAACAGACGAACCCGCUGAUACUGAAGAUCUCAAUUACUAUCUUAAGCAGCUAAGAGAACAUAAAAUGGAAGAAGAACGAAGCAAAAAACGAAGGCUGGACUCAUCCGAUGAAGAGGAGUACUUCGAAAAGAUCGAAAAAAGACGAGUUCCCGGAGAAGGUCGAAAGAAAAAAGAAGCAAAGCCGAAGAAAAUGAGAGCAACGAAGAACAUGCUGCCAGAGUACGAGGAAAACGAAGUCAUCGAUUUGACAAGACUCGACAUGGACUUCUGCAACCCCGCCGUCAAAAACGAAGCUGAAGAACAAGAGGUUCAAGUCAAACAAGAGCUUCCAGGACCGCGGGACCGAGUUACUGGCCAAGAAACCCUCCUUCACUCGAAGCAGGUGACGGAGGUAAAUUUGGAGAGAAUUCUCAACUCAACCGGGGCCAAACGAGUUCGUUGGGGAGCACUUGACGAUAUCGUUUUGGGUUUCUAUGCGGAAGCCAAAGUCGGCAGCCUUAAACGGAAAGAAGAUGUUCGGAGCCUUGCGGAGACGAGGAUCACUUUUGUAUUAACAUUCAAGCUGAAAUACGAUGUUCGAAAACGAAGAUCGAUGAUCUUCCGAUUGGGCUGGUGCUACGACGAAUCUGGCAAUGUCUUCCGAUGCAACCACUUUCUUCAACGCUUCAACAGUUGGCUCGCCGAUCAAUCCGACAAAGGCGCGCGGGCUUGGCUAACUGCUGAUUCCACCGCCUCCAAGAAAGAAGCAGUGACUUGCCCUUACGUCCUCGAAGCCGGAAAGGAAACGCACGCGUUCCUGAACAAAGUGCUGAUCAGUAACGACGAAGGCGAUUUCAAAACUGGGCUUGUUCUUGCUUCGAGAUUGGUUUUGAGAAUCACUGACUUGGAGAAACAUUCCGUGGUGCAAUCGAUGGAUAAGCUUCAGCAGCACAUUUCGACGAGAUUCAACUUCGCGAUCAAUGCAGAUGAUGAUCUGAGGAAGGCUUUCGUCAGAGAUAAGAAAGUGCUAGCGUAUCUGCUCUUACGAUGUAAGGGUCACUCGAUGCACUGCCGAACGGACUGCGGAAUUCGGCCAGAACUACUCGAAUUCGACGACCAGCAAAAGAUCAUCAAGGAGGAUCGUCAAUGCCCCAACUGCCAGAGCUGUUUGAUCACUAAUCCGUCGCAUAUCAAGUGCAAAUUUCACCUCAAAUUGGAAAUGACGGCAGACGAACUCAACACUUGGAAAGUGAUCUAUCCAGUGCGAAACACGCUCUAUCACGGAGAACAGUGCCCAGCGAACGACUAUUUCAAAAAGUUGCUUGAGCCGCUUCUUCGCAAGAAACCGAAGUUUCCGAAAAAUCCAAUCGACGCGCUGAACAACGAGACAUAA